AUGGUCGCUAGUGCUAGGAGGAUGAUCCCUGUUGCAGGACAAUGGUUUGACUUCAAUUGCAUUGCAAGGAAUCCAGAGUGUUUUGCCUUUGAGCGAGGUUGCAGCAGAUAUUUCAAUUUCUUGUUUGAUGGUGUUCUUUACAUAGGUGAUGCUGCAGAUACUGGAGUCGAUAAAACUGAUGAUUCAUCUCCUGGAGUUGCUGUAUCUGUAAUUACUUGCCGUCACCUAAUUCAAUGGCUUGAAACUUGA